UUUUUGUCAAAAAAAUUCAUAUGAUGAUAAAGAAGCAAAUGAAUAUUUAGAUGAUAAUCAACUUAAUUUAGAUAAUGAUGAAGAAUAUCUUCAUUCAGUUCAGAAGAAAUCUCUAUUUACUUAUCGACAACCAAUUCGUGUCAAUCGCUUAAAUGAAAGUGAAAUAAAUUCUGCUCGUAAUGAACGUUUAAAAGAAAUUCAUAUGUGGUCAAUUAUUCGAGAAAUAUUAAUUUAUAUCUGUUUUUUAACAGUUCUCUAUAAUAUAAUUUAUUCAAAUCGUAAUUCAAAUUCAUUUCUUCAAGUAAAUCAUUCACGAAAAUUUUUUUUAAAUUCAAGACAAAUCAAUUGUGAUUAUACAAAAAUUUCAAAAAUCGGUGAAUACUGGAAUUGGUUAGAAAAUAAUUUCAUUGAAAAUAUUCGUGCUCAACAAUGGUAUAAUGGUGAACCACCGAAGAAUUUAAGUGGUUUUAUUAAUGAUAAAUCUAAUCGAUUAAUUGGUUGGGCAACGAUGAGACAAUUACGUGUUAAAUCAACAUCAUGUCAAGUUCAAAAUGAAAUUACAUCAACAUGUCAAUAUGAUUAUAAUUUUCAUAAUGAAGAUAAAUAUUCGUAUAAACCAGGAUGGAAAAAUAGUAUAGUAAAAAAUUAUAGCUCAUCAAUUACUCAAUCAUUUCAAUAUUCAACAAGUAAACAUUUAAAUACAUAUAUUUAUGUUGGAGAACAUGGACGUUAUAGUGGGAAUGGUUAUGUAUAUGAAUUUCGUGGUCGUUUAGUUGAUCUUCAAAGUAAUUUAUCUUUACUUCAUCAAUUAGAAUGGAUUAAUAAUCAAACACGAGCUAUUAUUAUUCAAUUAACUUUAUAUAAUCCAAAUGUUCAAUUAUUUACUUCAGUUACUUUUCUUGCAGAAUUUUUAUCAACAACUGGAAUAUUUACAACAGCUCGUUUUGAACCAUUGAGUUUUUAUACAUUUACAUCAAUAAUUCAAUUAAUUUGUAUAAUUAUUUAUAUGAUCAUUAUUCUUUAUUUUAUGUGGAUAGAAAUUCGAUCAGUAUUGAAAUUAAAAUGGAAAUAUUUUCAACAAUUUUGGUCUUAUAUUGAAUCUGGUAUAAUUUGCUGUUCAUGGAUAAUUAUUGGUAUUUAUAUUUGGCGAUAUAAUGAAUGUAAACGUAUUGGACAAUUAUUUAAUGAAACAAAUGGAUAUGUUUAUAUCAAUUUACAAUUAACAUCUUAUAUUAAUGAUAUUUUAAUAUUUUUAUUAAGUUUUUCUUGUUUUUUUGGUACAAUUAAAUUAUUGAAACUAUGUCGUUUUAAUCAACGUCUUUGUUUAUUUAUUCAAACACUUCAAUAUGCUGGAAAAGAAUUACUUUCAUUUCUAAUGAUGUUCUCAAUUGUAUUUAUAUCAUUUGUUAGUCUUUUUUAUUUAUUAUUUAAUUCUGAACUUGACUCAUGUUCAAGUUUAUUUAAAACAGCACGAAUGUUAUUUGAAAUGACAUUAAUGCAAUUUAAUGCACAUCAAUUCAAUCAAGCUUCAACAUUUUUAGGACCAUUCUGUUUUAGUAUCUUUAUUAUUUUAGUUGUUUUCAUUUGUAUGAGUAUGUUUAUUGCAAUUAUAAAUGAUAAUUUUCGUCGUGCAAGAGAAAAUAUUCGUCAUAAUAAUAAUGAAGAUGUAAUUUCAUUUAUGAUUAAAAAAUUUCAAUAUUGGACAGGUAUGAAAAAAGUGACUGAAGAAGAAAUUUUAGAAGAAAGAAAUAUUCAAAUGCGUUCAGAAUAUUAUGAUCCAAUUGAAUGUUUUCCUGACAAAAUUGAUCAGUUACUAAAUGCACUUAAUCAAAUUUAUAUAACUCAAACAAUGGAGAAACCAACAAGAAUAAAAGAAACUACAUUUUAA